UUAUGGUCGGACAUACCGAGUGAAGCUCUGCAGAAGGACUUAUAUGCUCCUCUUAUGGAUCCAAAACAAAGGGCGAUCAGAACGAUAGGCUACCAUGUCUGACUACGAGAGCGAAGAGGAAAACAUUGAUAGAAGCACACAGCCAAUGGGAUAUCUUUAUGAACCCGAGUACACCGAUGAGGAAAUGUGCCAGAUUGCAUUACAACGGGCAGAGAGAGAGAGGGUGGACAGAGAGGUGGAGGUGGAAGCUGGAGCCACAGCUGGAGUCGCGAGAUCCCGGGUGACAGACAACUGGUGGUGCACUUGCUUCAAGUGUGAAAUUAUGCCUACAGAGGUGGAGUGCUACUGCUGUCAUGAAUGGGAACUCAUAAUGCCACAGAUGCAAGACCUUUCCAUUCAUGAGGAUGUUGACGUGCCAGCCCAGGUCUGCAUCAUAAACCACCAUGUCCUCCCUGCACUCCUCAAUGCUGGUGUUUUACAAACCUUUUUCCACGUCCCGAAAAUAAACUGGAAGAAGCGUCCCAGACCAGCUGGAUCCGAUGGUCAGUUGUCUGCAGAACAGUACAGGCUGAUCGCCUAUCGCAUUGUAAUGGAAUGGGCCCUGAAAGGAGAGAAGCUUGGUGCCGGCAACAGGAGAGUUCUUCCCUCCUGUGUGGUGGAACUAAUAAGAAAAACAUAUCCAUCACCAAAUGGGCAAUAUGCAGGAGUCCAACGACGCACUGCAAUUGUUUUAGAUGUUCAAAAUAUAAUUUUUAAUGUACAUUUUCUACAUUAUGCUACAUAGACCAUUUUGAUAUAAAAUAAUUUGAAACAAAAAAAAGAAAUGUCCUGUUCAAUAAAACUAUGUUUCUAGA